AUGUAUCUUGGAUGGAUGGGAUGGGCGAUCAGAUUGUCUGCUCUUAGUGCAAAGCAUGGCAACCUCAAGUACCAGCUUCAUCUCUUCUUCAACUGCAAUGGCGGAAACAACUUCUCUAUCAUUAUGAAGGGUUUAGGCCCAACUAAGGUAAAAAUAUUGUCUGCAACUGCCGAUGAACAUAACAUCAAGUGGGAUCCUGAUUCAUAUGGAGAGAAUGAGUCCAAGUCUCCUGAGGCCCUGCUGGUCGAACAUCUGCUCAGGGAAGAGAAUACGAGGGAUGCAUAUGAUCUUAUUGAGAUGUAUUGCAAACUUAUUACAGACUCCAUGCCUAUCAUUGCUUUACAAAAAGAUUGCCCAGUUGACUUAAAGGGAGCAAUUUCAAGUGUAGUAUUUGCAUCUCGAAGAUGUGCAGCAGAAAUACCAGAACUCAUUUGCGUUCGCAAGCAUUUCACAACUAAAUAUGGAAAGGAGUUUGUCUCUGCAGCUGUUGAAGUAGUUGGGAAAUUAUCUGCCGGACCACCUGAUGGCCCUACUAAAAAAAUAUUGUCUGCAAUUGCAGAUGAACAUAACAUCAAGUGGGGGAUCCUGAUUCAUAUGGAGAGAAUGAGUCCAAGUCUCUUGAGGCCCUGCUGUACAAUUCAAGUGGAAGCUCCUCAUAGCUCAGCUCCGCCUAAUUAUGAUGACAGCCCACCCACACAUUAUGAGAAUCAUGAGGUAUCCGUAAACUAUAAUAAGCAGCAUGCACUAUCAUUACCUUGCUUCCAACAUUCUGCUUCUAUAAAUGUUUCUGGCAACGGAGAAACCAGAUCUUGCAGAUUUUAUCCAGAAGUGGGGUCUUCAGGAAAUGAAACUGAUCGGAUGGAAGACAGGCAUUUAUUUCCUCGGGAUGGAAAUGAUUUUUCUUCCGGUAGGAAGAAUUGGAACAGGCAAUUCGAGAAUGCUACCACUGCAGCAGAGGCUGCUGUUGAUUCAGCAGAAAUGGUAAGCAUAGCUGUCAGAGCAGCUGCAGAGCUUUCACAGCAAUGCUCAUCAAAAUCACAUGACAAAAUUUGCUGGUCAGCCUCCUUGAGAACCAGUACAACUUCCAUUUCGGCGAAUAGUUUCCAAAUGGCAGAUCGUUAUCCUCAAAAGAAGUCAUCUGAACCUGAGAAGCUUGACUUUUUAGGUGACGUGAGUAUGAAGAAACAGUCCAGUAAAUCUGAGGUGAUGUAUAAGAGUGACUUGCAAGCUGGUUUUGGAGAUAAAAGAUCUGAAAAUAAAUCUUGCAUGUCUUCUUUUCGAUCUGAGUCAACCUUUUGUAGUGAUCAUUGGGAAGAUGUUUUGAGAGGGAAUGAUCUUAUUUCUUAUUUCGGACUUGGUGAUGGUAAGAUCCAUCAAAGCACAGAGGGAAUGAAUUCUUAUGGAAAUGCAGCUGUGAUUUUUGAUGACUGGUUCAGUUCAGAUGACGACAACUGUGAAUUUGAUGUGGAGGAGGACUACAAGGGACAAGAAUUUAGUUUAAAAUUUUCUUCUCCAGGUGGAAAUUCAUCCUCAAUUCUCUUGGACCUCUGA